AUAUUAAUUUUUCAGAAGCCCGGGAACAUAUCUUAUCGAUGACGAGCACCUCCCUCGUCAGUUUUUUUCCCCGCCCUUCAAUCCCAGAACAAUGCUCUUCAUGUACUUCUUCGAACCAGAAUCGCGCACUUUUCCCCUUCGCCUCAAGAAAGGAUUCGAGGAAUUCUAUCAGAACCCUUUGUAGUACUUUUCAACAAGAGCCUCUCGUCGUGUCCUCCGAUAAUCUCCCUUUCCAUGGUUCUUUUGUCAAGCCUAUUCAGGAAGUAGAAGGAACCAAAGAUGCUGAUGAGCUCAUCCAUGGCGUCUCCACCACUGAACCAAAGCCUAAAUCGCAGUUAUCGAGUAGGGUUAAAAAGAAGGCACAAGAAGACGGGGAUAGCCUCGAGAGUAGGUUUAAGCUGCGAAAUGGAAGGGAGAUUUUUGAAGAACAAGCCUACCUCGUUGGCUUAGAGCGGAAAGGAGAUGUUGGCCAACUUUUUAGCAUAGACGAAUCUCUGAAAGAACUGGCACAGUUAGCUGACACUGCUGGACUAAAGGUCGUUGGUUCAACAUAUCAAAAACUAGCUUCUCCAAACCCAAGGACUUACAUCGGAUCUGGCAAAGUUGCAGAAAUCAAGAGUGCAAUUCAUGCAUUAGGUAUAGAGACUGUGAUAUUUGAUGAUGAGCUUUCAGCUGGGCAACUGAGAAACCUGGAAAAAUCAUUUGGUGGAGAUGUUAGAGUUUGUGAUCGUACUGCCCUAAUCCUGGAUAUCUUCAAUCAGAGAGCAGCAACACAUGAGGCAUCUCUACAGGUGGCAUUGGCACAAAUGGAAUACCAGUUACCACGACUUACAAAGAUGUGGACCCACCUUGAGCGUCAAGCAGGAGGGCAGGUGAAAGGUAUGGGUGAGAAGCAAAUUGAAGUGGAUAAGCGUAUCUUACGAACGCAAAUUGGUGUUCUCCGGAAGGAAUUAGAGUCUGUUAGGAUGCAUCGAAAACAGUACAGAAGCCGGCGCUUUUCUGUACCUGUCCCGGUAGUUUCUUUGGUUGGAUAUACAAAUGCUGGAAAGAGUACGCUCUUGAAUCAGUUGACUGGAGCUGAAGUCCUUGCAGAGGAUCGAUUGUUUGCAACCCUUGAUCCAACUACAAGAAGGGUUCAGAUGAAGAAUGGGAACGAGUUUCUACUCACUGAUACUGUUGGUUUCAUCCAAAAGUUACCGACUAUGCUGGUUGCUGCAUUCAGAGCAACACUAGAGGAGAUAUCAGAAUCAUCAUUGCUGGUUCACGUGGUGGACAUCAGCCAUCCGCUGGCUGAGCAACAGAUAGAAGCUGUGGAUAAAGUUCUUUCAGAAUUGGAUGUGUCAUCAAUUCCGAAGUUGAUGGUUUGGAACAAGGUUGACAAGGUUAGUGAUCCUCAACAUAUUAGACUGGAAGCAGAGAAGAGAGGAGACGUUGUUUGUGUAUCUGCCCUGAGUGGUGAUGGCUUGGACGAAUUUUGUAAUGCAGUUCAGGGAAAAUUGAAGGACUCGAUGGUUUGGGUAGAAGCGUUGAUCCCAUUUGAUCGAGGUGAGCUCCUGAGCACUGUGCAUCAGGUUGGAGUGGUAGAGAAAACUGAAUACACGGAGAACGGAACACUGGUCCAGGCAUACGUUCCCCUCAGGUUCUCAAGGCUGCUUACACCAAUGAGACAGCUAUGUAUAUCCUGACCUCAGCUUGCCAAAUUUUAUCAUUUCUACUUCUACAAUCUAUUUUUAUUCAGUUUCCCAUGGAAAAAUAUAUAUCUGAUGCUUUGUUCAGACGACACGGAAAGCAACUCCUGUUUUCUCUAAUCGUGUAAAAACAUGGAUCCCUUACCAUGAGAUUGUAAAUAUUAGAUGUCCUAAAUUGUUAAUGGGCGUGGAAUGCCUUCUUCU